CCUUAUUCUUCUUGGGCAGUCUCGACUAGCUGGGGCAGCUGUAAGGACUGCUGACCACCCACCUAGGAAUCACUUCUAUUUGCUAUCAAGGCGUAUUCAGGUCGCUUACGGCCUUCACUGCCACGAUGUUUGAUUACGAUCUUGAAGUCAAUCCUUUCCAAUCAAAACGAGCCUAUAACUGGUUCAUCUCCCUCGUCGCAGCAGCAUGCAUGGUCUUAUACGGUUACGAUGCGUCCGUUUAUAAUUCCGUACAAGGCUCGGACAAUUGGGUGGCCUACUUCAAUGACCCUGACGAGAACAUGAUUGGAGGUGUCAACACGGCCUACACCGUGGGUGCAAUUGUUGGCGGCUUCUUCAUGGGCGGUCCCAUUGCCGACUUUCUGGGUCGCAAGAUCGGAAUGGCCAUUGGAUGCAUCUUGGUCAUCGCUGCUACAUUCAUGCAGUGCUUUGCGCCUCGAGGCAACAUUGCAUGCUUCCUUGCCGGACGAUGCAUCAUCGGUAUUGGCCAGGGUAUCGCACUGACUGCGGGUCCCAUCUAUAUCGGUGAACUAGCACCUCCGGAGAUUCGUGGAAAGAUCAUGACCUUCUGGCAAAUGUUUUACUCGGUUGGCUCCUUCAUCUGCUUCUGGGUGAACUACGCGUGCACCAAGCACUCCACACACUUGGGCGAGUGGGAUUGGAGAAUGGUUGUCAUCUUCCAACUCUUGGUUCCUGUGAUCAUUCUCUUCAUCUUGCCUACCAUUCCCGGUUCGCCACGAUGGUAUAUCCAACGCGGUAACAACGUCGAAAAGGCCCGCAGAGCGCUGCGCAGAGUUCGAGCAACCGAGGACGAGGUUGAAGAUGAGUUGCUCAGAAUCCGCGAGGCCAUCGAGUACGAAAAGGAAGCUAUCUCUGGCACUUACGCCGCGCUGUGGAAGGACAAGUCCCUCCGCAAGCGCAUGUACUUGGCUCUUGUCAUCAACGCCGGACAGCAAGUCAGUGGACAGGGUACCUUGAACACGUACUCCACGAAAAUUUACGAGAAGGUUUUCAAGAGCGCUAACCAAAUCGCGCUUAUCAACGCACUCAAUGCCACCUUUGGUAUUAUCUUCACUCUGAACGCCAUCUGGAUCAUCGAUCGAUUCGGACGCAAGUUCCUCCUGAUCGUUGGUGGCAUUGGUAUGGGCAUUUGCAUGAUCAUCGUCGCAGCCGUUGAAACAGAAACACCCUCACCAGGUGGGGCGAAGACAGAAUCAGUCGGCAUAUCGAUUGUGUUCUUACUUUUCUUAUUCAUCUUCUUCUACAAACCCUCCUGGGGCGCUACCAUCUGGAUUUGGACAUCCGAGGUCUUCUCUAUGAACGUCCGCGCCCAAGCCGUGGGUAUGGCAACUCAGACCCAAAACGUGGCCAACGCCAUCGUGCAGCAGUUCUUCCCAACCUUCCUUAACAACUGCGGCUUCUACGCCUUCUACAUGUUCGCGGGCAUCUGCUUCCUCCUCGCUCUAUUUGUGUUCUUCUUCGUCCCCGAGACCAAGCAGGUGCCGCUGGAGGAGAUUGAUGCCCUUUUCGGCGGAGCCAACCACGUCACACAGGGUGAAGACCUCUUCUCUAACGAGAAGCAAAUGCGCGUGACGCACCAGGAUACGGGGAUGGAGAAGCCCAGUGCUGUUACGGUCGAGGAUGCACGACGUUAAUUGAUUGAAGUACUGUGUGAUUUACGAUAAUGAUGUAAGCCAUGUGGCAUUGGCGGACUAUGUGAGCAAUUCAACCUAGGUUCAAUCUUAUAUACCCUU